ACCCCUGUUUUAGGGGCGGGGCUUCUUUAAGUUAUGAGCAGCGGAGCGGACCAAUCAGAAUCGAGCUGGGAGUGAAAUGUCACCAAUAGCAACGCGAGUGACACGCAGAGCUCAACUGUGAUUGGCUUAGCAGAGAGGGCUGGGGGGGAAAUCCCUCUUUUUUACCCCCGUAGAGGUCCUGAAGAAGGGAAUGGAGGGGGGCGGUGCAUAACAAAAAGUAAUGGCCAUCUAUUUGGAUCCCUGAAGAAGAAGAAGAAGGAGAAGAAGGAGGGGUAUUUUCGCCGUGUGUGUAGUUUUUCUUCAUGUUAGUGCUUACGUUUUCCAAGGAGUGACACCCAGUUGCGCCGCAACCACGACCGUAUUCUUUUUUUUUGCCGUUGAAACGUUCGAACGCAGCGGACGCAGAAACGGUUAAUAACUGAACUUGUGGUGGUGCCGCGUUAUAGGGUUAAAAGCUAGCAGCGCUAACGGCUAGCUGCUGCUACUACGCUGCUGCUGCGUGUCUAGAAGGGCGUACUACUUUGACGUUUUCUCUCUCUCUCUCUCUCUCUCUCAAGUCUCCUCACAUUUUUUUUUAGUUUGAGAGUUUAGCAAAACGCGUGGUCCUCUUUAUAUCCUCUAAGCUAUAAGUCAAAACAUGGAGGAGACACACUUCUUUACAAGAGCAUGAACACGACGACGCAAACAGCCACCAGAAGAGGAUUAUUAAAAAAGCAGCUUCCAGUCUUGAUGGGGAAAAAGUUGAGCUGAGGAUUAACAACUUGGGGGAAACAGAAGAAAAGGUUUCAAGUCUUACCUAUUGUACAAAGGGCAUGCUAAAACCUCAGUGAUGGAGUCCACAGUUGUGAGUACGUCCACUCUGGCCCCCGAUGAGUUCGAUAGGAACGUGCCGCGCAUCUGCGGCGUGUGCGGUGACAAAGCCACCGGCUUCCACUUCAACGCCAUGACCUGUGAGGGCUGCAAGGGUUUUUUCAGGCGCAGUAUGAAGCGUAAGGCCGCCUUCACGUGUCCCUUUAACGGCAGUUGCACCAUCACCAAGGACAACAGGCGCCACUGCCAGGCAUGCCGGCUCAAGCGCUGUGUGGACAUUGGCAUGAUGAAAGAGUUCAUCCUGACAGACGAGGAAGUGCAGAGGAAGAAGGACCUGAUUCAACGCAGGAAGGAUGAUGAAGCACAGCGCGAAGCGGAGAAGGAGGCGCGGCGGCCCCGGCUCAGUGACGAACAGAGUCAGGUCAUCGCCACGCUGGUGGAGGCGCACCACAAAACAUAUGACGACUCCUACUCUGACUUCUGCCGCUUCAGGCCUCCUGUGCGCGAGGGCCCAGUGACGCGUAGCGCCAGCAGAGCUGCCUCUCUCCACUCUCUGUCAGAUGCCUCCUCUGACUCCUUCAGUCACUCUCCAGAGUCGGUAGACACCAAAAUGAACUUCAACAACCUGCUGAUGAUGUACCACGAGCAGGGCAGCAGCCCCGACUCCAGCGAGGAGGAGGCCUCCAGCUUCUCCAUGCUGCCCCACCUGGCUGACCUGGUCUCCUACAGCAUCCAGAAGGUCAUUGGCUUUGCCAAGAUGAUCCCUGGGUUCAGGGAGCUGACUGCAGAGGACCAGAUUGCCCUGCUGAAGUCCAGCGCCAUCGAGGUGAUCAUGCUGCGCUCAAAUCAGAGCUUCAACCUGGAAGACAUGUCCUGGAGUUGUGGUGGGCCCGACUUUAAAUACCAGAUCAGCGAUGUCACCAAAGCGGGCCACACUCUGGAGCUGCUCGAGCCGCUGGUGAAGUUCCAGGUGGGCUUGAAGAAGCUCAACCUGCAGGAGGAGGAACACGUGAUGCUGAUGGCCAUCUGCUUGCUUUCUCCAGACCGCCCAGGUGUGCAGGAUCACGCACGGAUCGAAGCCCUCCAAGACCGCCUGUCCGAGACCCUGCAGGCCUACAUCCAGCUCCACCACCCGGGAGGACGGCUGCUCUAUGCCAAGAUGAUCCAGAAGCUGGCCGACCUGCGCAGCCUCAACGAGGAGCACUCCAAACAGUACCGCUCGCUGUCCUUCCAGCCGGAGCACAGCAUGCAGCUCACCCCGCUGGUGUUGGAGGUGUUUGGCAGCGAGGUCUCCUAGAAUCUUUAAACCUCAAUGGUGGAGAGGAAGCUGGAGACGAGAUCCCUCUAGGGGUAAAAAAAUGGAGGGAGGGAGCUGAGGAUGUGCUGGAUGGACUAAAUGGAGGUGGGGAGUAUGAAGCUAGUGGAAGAGAGAGAAAGUGGUGUGUGUAUGUGUGUGCAUGUGUUGGAUGUGUGUGCAUGUGUUGGAUGUGUGGUUUCAUGUGUGUCUUGUCUAAAGAAGUCUAUCUUGGUAUAAAGACCAAGGUUGUAUGGAGAGCAAGCAUAUAGUAAGAGACGUAGUAAACAAGGAAACGUCAUAUAAUACAAAUUCAAUUGUACAUACAUACAUGCAUACAUACAAUUUCUGCCUUUAUACAGUAUUUUUGUCUGUAUUUAAAUCAACAAACCGCUGCUUCAAAUGUCUGGACAUUUUGUGUGUGUACGGUGACGUGCACACACCAACGCAACAAACAUACUCAGUUAUUCAUUUAGCCAUUCAGUUGAGCUACCUCUUUGUUUUACCAGGGAUUGUUUUACAUCACUACGUGAAACAGCAACUUUUUUUUUUUCACACGGAACAGUAUAAACUCAGUACGGAUGACAUUUCAGUUUAUCAGUGCAAAAGCAGUGCCUGCACAUUCAUUUUUUAUGAUGUUUCAAAACUUUUUUGUUUUCCAUCUGCUUCUCUCCGAAGAAGCAGCGUUACGUAUAUGACUUGUGUAUACAAUUCAAACACACAUGCCUUUUUUUUUUCUCGCCUUUCACCAAAGGUAUGGUCUACUACUUUCUCAAAAAAGCUUCCAGUACCUAAAAAUAACCUCGCUGCUUCAUGGCUCGUUUCACGCAUGCGGCCACUCGACAUGCGAGCAAGUUGUCCGACUAGCCUACGAAGGAAACUGUCAUUUAUUGCUGAGGUUUAUUAUACUGCAGAGUACAGAACAUAAUCUGUCAUUUAGUGAGGUUUUGAUAGGACUUUGGGGUGCCUGGUUUUGAGGUGAGAAUUAGCCACUAAAUGUGUUAGCUACUUUUACACUGCUAACUGUCAAUCAAAAAACAAGCCUGCAUUAUGGCUCUCUUUUGAAAUUGUUUUCCAUUAUCCUUCUCUUGUUUGUUUGUUUCCCUGUAAAUAGUUAAUUACUACCACAUGUAUCCUAAGCACUGUUAUACCACCUUUUACUCAAGCCUAUGUAUUGAUAUACAGUACCUAUAUUAUCACAGAUUUUAAAGGGCUAAGAUGCCAAAUCUAACUGGAAUAGUAAAUCGAGGCCAAAGCAAGGGGCCUGUCUUGUUAAUAUAUAGCUGCAUACCAUACUUGGAAUUGGCAUAUAUACUGAUGUAAUUGCAUUUUUUUUUUUUUUUUUAUACGUCAUUUCACCUUUAAAAACAAUUCCAUGAAUUGUUCCUCCUUUAGUACACAGUGAGCUCAGUGGGCGGAGAGCUUGGGAAGCUGCUUCAGACCUCCCCAGAUAUCACACACCCCUUUCGUUUCUGACAGGGAAGUGGAUUUUCUAGAAUGUCGGAGGGCCUGGCGGAGGUGGUGGUGCGCACCUCGACACCCAGGCCCUCCUGUUUGAUGAUGUAUGCUGCGCAGCCCUCUAGUGGCUGCAUUGUGUAAAUACCAGGUAUAUAAAUAUAUAAAUAAAUAAUAUGUCCGCCGCUGUACAUAGGGCUACAUAGAUAUUUCUCAAGGCAAAUUUUUUUCAGAAAUAUAUAUAUAUAUGCAAAUACAAUAUUGACCCUUUUUUGUUUUUCAUUAUCACUACGUUCUGAAACACUAUGCUCUUUUGACUUUGAUCAUGUUUUUUCUUUUUUUUGGUAAGAAUGAGUUAGAAAUGGCUUAAACAGGGAUUGCUUGUGUAUUUGACUCAGUCAAAUUAUUAUUUGUUUAGUGGUGGGUUGAUGUAUUUGCCUAAUUUCCAAGGUUUAUUCUCAGAAAGAGGACAAGCUAAACUUUACCGUGCUGCUCUCUAAUAUAAGCCAUAUAGAUCACUAAGCUAGUUAAACACCUGAUACAUUACAGUGCAUCAAAGUGAUGACUCCAGAGCCUUGGAUAUCCUCAUUGUAUAAUCUUCUAAACUCAUAUGCUAUUUAUCCAUGGCUCUUGGAAGAUAAGCUUGUAUAUGAUAGGAACUCAUAUGCCUUCUCUCUGCUGUCAAAGUGCUGUCCGUCAUCUUUGGCUUAUGCUUCAUCAGACAGCAUCUAAUGGCUUAUAAACCAAACUGCCAAGAGAAUUUAAAUGCUUAGGUUUAGAGGCCAGUAAUGUAUGGCUUGCUGCAUGUGGGAUUAUGGUAAAAAUUAUAUGAAAUGACAUGUUGUUUUUUUUAUAUAUCAAGACAAUUCCCCAAAGAAGUGUUAAGUCAACUUCUUGCCAAGUUCAGUCUCUUUUAAGCAUCUUAAAAGAAGUCAUUUACAGAGAUGACACAAGUCUCAAACUUUUUUUUUUUUGUCUUCUAUUUGCUGUGUAACAGAAGACAUCAGUUAAAACGGUUCCUGUGAUUGGCCGUACGGGCCUCUUGUGUCAGACCGAGAGCAGACGAGGAUUACUCUGUGAUCUUAGAGGAAGAUGAUGGGAGAGAGAGCAUGUGUUUGUUGUUGAGCUGGAUGUGUUCUCACAACUGCUUUGUGAGAAGUUUUGACAGUUGUUGCUUUAAUUUGUUCAGCCCACGUGGGUUUUUAACCUAUUAUAGAGAGGCGAAGUCUCUCCCCCUUCUGGUGGACCACCAUGGGACCUUAUUUCGGAAAAAAUAUGUACAGUAGUCAACGGCGAGAGAAAGUCUCAAUUUGUUGUAGUAUUAUAUAGUUUUGUGUGAAACCGCGCAGUGAACUACAUCUCUUGUGUCGCACAAUAAAAUCAGAGUAUAGAGGCAAAGAGCCGAAACUCUGGUGCAGAGAAUAAUCUUUUUCGAGGUAAAUCAACUUCCCAAUAUGAACACUUAAAUAACCCUCAUUUAAAUCAGUAUGUCCUAAAAGUUGUAACAUUCACUAAUAGCCAAAUCCAGAGUUAUUUUACUCGGCAUAUUGAACGUGCUCACAUGACAUAUCCGGCUCUGCCAUCUUUGACAAACUUGACAAACAUCAUAUGUGUGAUUCAUUGCACAUAUCGAACGGAGAAAAAAAUAUAUUUGCCGUUGACUACGUUUAUAUUUUUACGAAUAAGGUCCCAUGGUGGUCCACCUGAAUGGGAAGGGACUUGGCCUCACUAUAGGAUUUUAAAGUCCAUUCUCCGUCACUGUGGCUUUAUUCCAACUGUUCAUCAGUCACUGUGACACUCUGCCAGCUGACAGUCGGGGCUGGACACGGAGAUGAUCUGCAUAGCAGAGGUAGUUAAAUAGCUUUUGGAUGUUUGAAUAUUCACGUAAUCAAUAAUGAGUUUGAUUUCCUUCGUGAAAAUCGUUUGGAUUAUGUAGUGUGUAAUUCCACGUUGCCCCACAAAUCUCCCUACCGUGAUUGAACUUUAAAGGAGUUGAGGAUCGAGUGUCUUUAGGCAGUACCACUCAUAUGUAUAGUAUGUCAGUUUGAUGAGGGGUAUGAUGUGCUUGGUUACUGAACACUGACUUUUGAAGUUUUUGAAAAGUCUCCAUGUUGAUUUUCUCUGAAUACAUACUUCUGGUAUGUAGAUAUGGGUUUGAUUUAGUUCUAUAUUGUUUUUCAGAUAGAGAUGCAGUGUUGAUUUGUGUAUGUUAAAUACAGCGGGAGGUUUGGUGAACAUUGUAAGUGCCACAGGGAGAGUUCCCUCCACACUAGAACAGGGUAAAAGGGGAGUUGCUCUUAGUGCUUUGAAAACCGAACAGGAAGAGUCUUGUGGAUGUAUCAUAUAGUAUCAUAAUUGAACAAGUAGAUUUCCGCAUGCCGCCAGGGGAAUUAUUAGGCUUUAUCAUAAGAAGGGAACCCCCUUUUUCCCUUUAUGACUGAUUAAAUGUUGUUUUGGGGACCUUUUCCCCCCAUUCAAUUCCCCACCCAACAUACUGUACAUACCACGCAAAUACAGUUAAAUCUAAAUAUGGUUCAUCCCCAGAUUUUCUUGAUUGGUUUUACUAUGGUAGGCUGCUCAGAAUCCAUAAGUUCUUCUUGUUGAAAAUACUGGAAUUUGAAAACCAUACGUCAAUGGAAAUCUGCCGCAAAUUCGAUGGGCUCAUCUUUGGGGAGAUUUCCUCGAGAUUGGCAACAUAACACAGUAACAACGCCUGCAAUAUACAACUCAUGGUACACUAUCACCAGCAAGCUUUACAGUUUAUCAUGUUAGUAGACAUUUUUGAAGUUUUUUGUAUAACUGUUGCCAUUACAAAUCCUGUCUGUAAAAACAAGUAUGACACCAUUCAUAGAAAACAGUUGGCCAUCUCCCAUGCAAAGGCUUUCAAGUCCUUUUUUUUUUGUUUGUUUUUUAUUCCUCCCAUUAGGACAGGGAUUGUAAUGGAAUCAACUUAAUUUAGUUCUUACAAAAAGGAGUGUCCACAAUGGAUGUACACCAUAAUCUACCUAAAAAACCUACCUCUUUUAGCUCAGAUUUUGCUUUAGCAUUAAGCAUUUGCCUCUGUUUUUACUUUUGUAAUAUUUGUAUUCAUGUUGGUAUUUAUUGCUGUCUAAUGAGUCAUACUUCAAUGAUUACCUCAGAGAUAUCUCACAGAUUUGGGAGAGUCCAGCUAAUGAAGUCAUAGUUUUGUUUUGUUUUUGUACAGUUUUUUCUUCUCAGACUUAGCAUUGCCUUUUUUUUUUUACGCACAAAAUACCAGGAGUGUUUUUAAUAUAGUGCCUGCACUCUGACCAACAGGGCUCAGACUGGCUAGGGUGAAACUGCAUUUACUCCAACAAAGACAUCCCACUCUGCAAUCUUUGUCCUUUUGGAUAUCUUGGUAAUUUUCAGCAACAGAUGCAAUUAAUCUGGUUGCCCUUGCUGAUAUCUACUAGAGGAAGACCGAUUAAUCGGUUUGGCUGAUUAAUGUGCGCCGAUGGAACGUUUUACGAACUAUCGUUAUUGGCGGAAAUGGGCUCCGAUAGCGGCGCAGCUUCCACCAGUUUUCACUGUCCUCUCCCGGUUUCCUCCCGGGGUCACACGUCUCCAGUAUUUCACCCGAUUUAUGGCAAAUUAUCACACCUUUUAUUUUUCCUUUUCGUAAUCUCAACCCGUUUCUGUCACUGUACAGCGUGUAUAAAGCCUACAGUUUACACCCGGACGACAAUACAGCUACACCAAAUGUCGUUCUCUGGCAGAAGAGAGAUGCUCGCGACGCAACUCAGUUUGAACUGCGCCCGCCACUGCCACAUCACAACGCUCGGCGCCCGAAGUGGUGCUUUGCUUUUGCUACGGCAAAAAGCCGUCGUGAGCAUUAGAAAUAACGAGUUUCAGAGGCCAGUGGUGCUAUUGUCACGUUGUGCCUGAAAGGACCUUCAGUGAGUGACAGAAGAGAGAAAUGGAAAGAAAGAAAUGCUCAAGCAGGGGCAAAAGAAUAAAAUACCAGAGAUUCGCACAAAGUGGCAAAUUAUUCAGUUUUCUUUCUUGAGAAGUAUUUCAGAUUAAAAAUUCUGUUGCAGUGUACUUUGUUAUUUCCAUUCUAUAAAAGUCACCAGAAUGGAGGAAACAAAGUCCCUGAAACUCAAAUUCUUCUGGUGGUUGACCCCCAGACUCCUCUGCUUUGGGUUAGAAAGCCUCUCUAUUUUUGAGUUCUCAAGGUUGGCAAGUAUGAAAGGAAGCUCCAUACACAAAGUCAUGGUAGAGGGGGAGGAAAAUAAGUCUCUUGAUUAUAAUUCAACACUUAUCAGCUCUUUGUCCCCAGACAGCGAGGAAAGGGAAUCAUUCUGUUACUUUAACUUACUUACCAAUUUUCCGUUCUCUCUUCCAAAUAAUCCAUCCACGUAACCAUCCAUUCAUGAAAUGAAAUUGCACACUUUAAGAUCCUCCUUACCGCCGGUAAUAUGCUCGAACAUUAAUGUUUCUAAGAGUGGCAUUUAACACCCUACGAGAAGUAAUUCUGGCCCGUCGUAAGCCACAAAACGGCGCUUCGCCCAUUUUAAAUAAAUAGAACAUAUUCCAACGAUUUAAUCCAUCAAAUCACCCUGCAGGAUGUUCUCUUACGAAUGAUUAAAUUCAGAGUGUGAAAAAAAAUGAUUUAUUAAAAACGGCGUAAGCAAAAGUAGCCGACUAAGCUGCUGCAGAAGUAAAGAAUAUAUUGGCCAAAUAAUCAGCUACCGGCUUUUUCCUGCUCCAAACUAUCGCUAUCGGUCGACCUCUUAAUAUCUACCUUAUCUUUAUAGUUCUUAAGGGCAAAUUGAAGAGGAGAUCUUUGUGGAGUGAAUGCAGUUGUAAAGAAGGAACAACCUGAAAGACUUUGUGACAGUAGGAGAAGCGGGAGGUGUGUUUGCGCUCCACUUGGUACUGUUUGGCAUGGUCUUUGCUCUGUAGUACGCCAUCCUUUCCCUUGUCCCUCUUAUUUGCCCCGUCAUUACCCUCUCCGUGUCUUCACAACUCCUUCUGUCCUAAAGUCUGCUCCCACACCUUCAUCAUUCCCUGCCGAUGUUUGGUCUAACUAGGGGAAUUAGGAGAAGUGAAACCCUCAGUAUCCAUGCAAUGCUGCUUUUUAUCUCGAGCAUCACCAAGUUGUGUUAACAACACCAUGUAAAUGCAGGCAUCGUCCAAAAUGUCAGCCCCCCCCAGCGGCGCGACAAGCCUCAUUGAGAGUCUCACAACGCAACUUAGUGGUGCUUAUUGGAAGAAAAAAAAUCCUUUCAGAUCGUAGUAUCAUUAACGGAGCAACUACUCACUUUGGUGAAUUUUAAACCAAGUUUAUUUUGUAUUCAUGUCAAACUGCUUCAGGUAAACACUGAAUGAAAUAAGAGAAUUUGUAUUGAUCAGUGAAUACUGAGGAACAAUGUCGCCAAUGGUCACAUCUAGCCUGAGCUGUGUGCCAUAAUAUGUCCCUUUUAAUGCAGGGAGGGUGUUAAUGAAGCUGGCUUCACGUGUUCCCCAGCUUAAUUCGAACGAGAAGGUUGCCUGACUGUGAGAUUGGCCACUUAACUUAGUACUUAGUCAGCCAUGUGUAUUGACCUUCUAUAUGGAGUAAAAUUUGAAUUUGGCAUUGAAUUCUCCCCCUGCAUUGUGAACCCAAAUCAUGCCACAUUCAAUUAAAAUGCCUGAACCAACAAAAA